UUCAGUAGCUCCAGAGGAAUCCUCAUGACUUGAGGGGCAAUUUGGUUCCCAUGAAAGAAAUAUUCAUGAUUUGGGGAAGUCCCAGUCAAGUGAGGCUCUGCUGGAAUCCAAGAUCCCAGGCUGAAGUGCAGGCUGGCUUCUAUCCGUCCUGAAGGCCUGAGUGGCAGGGGGAGUGGUUGUGAUGGCAGAGGAGGUGGCGGGGGUGGCACUGGAGGUCAACGGGCUGACCCCCCAUGUGCCAGAUGAGCUGCUCAUGCUCUACUUUGAGAACCGCCGACGGUCUGGAGGGGGACCUGUGUUGAGCUGGCAGAGACUUGGCUGUGGGGGCAUCCUCACCUUUCGAGAACCUGAAGAUGCUCAGAGAGUAUUGGCACAGGCAAAGCAUGAACUGCAAGGUGCCUGGCUGUGCCUGAGGCCAGCCCCACCAUGUGCCUCUACACGUCUGCUCCUCCAAGGAUUGCCACCUGGAACCACACCCCAGCGCUUGGAACAGCAUGUUCAGGCCCUGUUGUGUGCCAUAGGAUACCCAGUGCAGCCUUGCCGUGCCCUGGCUAGCCCCAGGCCUGAUCGUGCCCUGGUCCAGCUGCCUAUGCCCCUUCCUGAAAUGGAAUUCCGGAUCUUGGAGGAGCAGGCCCAGAAUCUGGACCUAGAUGGAGCUGCUGUGUCCCUGGCCCGAGUGCCCCAGACUCGAGCGGUGCGUGUGGUAGCAGGCACCCCACCUGUGGACCUGCUGCUGCUGGAGCUGUACCUGGAAAACGAGCGACACAGUGGUGGGGGGCCCCUGGAGGGCUUGCGCAGCCUGCCUAGGCAGCUGGGCACUGUCAUCUCCUUCCAGCAGUGGCAGACGGCUGAACAGGUGUUGCAGCGGAACCACUGGCUGCAGGGCUCAAAGCUGAGCCUUGUCCCCCACUAUGAGGUCUUGGAGCCUGAGGAUCUCGCUGAGGGCACUGCUGGAGGGGACCACCCAUCCACAGUGGGGCCUGGAGCCAUGGACCAUGCUCUCCCAGAGACUGAAAGGCUGGCAGGGGCCCUGAAGGGUGCAGAGGACUCUGGGGACGCACCAGGGCAGUUGAGAGCCUCUUUGGGAAAAAGUCAUGAGGGACCUCCAGGACAGGUCAUGCUAGCUAACUUGGGAGCUGUAAGGUCCCUGGAGCAAGUGGGGCUAGUGAACCAGGGGCCUGUGGGGCUGCUGGAGCAGGAGAGGUCCAUGAGCCUGGGAACUGUAGGGUCUCCAAAGCAGGCUGGGCUCAAGAGCUCAGAGCUUAAGGAAUGUGCAGGACUGGCUGGCCCAAUGGAGAUCUCUAUGAGGUUGCUGGGGCAGGAGAACCCAGGGCCUUUGAAUCUGGUAGAGCAGGAGGGCCUUGUGGGAGUUGCCAUGAGCUCACUGGGGCAGGAGGGGCUGGUGGGGCCAUCAGAGAUCACCAUGGAGUCUUCAGAGAAGAUUGGGUUAGAGAGCCCAGGGCAUGUGGAGCUGCUGGGACAGGAGGACCUGGUGGAUAUGGUGUUGUCAAUGGAGCCAGGGGCGAUGCGCUUCCUGCAGCUUUAUCAUGAGGACCUUCUUGCCAGCCUGGGAGAUGUUACUCUCUUCCCACUUGAAGGAAUAGAUGUGACAGGCUUUCGGCUCUGUGGAGUCCAGGCCCCAUGCCAAGCAGCCCAGGAAUUGCUACAGAGUCUGCUGGGCAGCAUUAGCUGCCACACAUUGAGCCUGAGGCACCCAGGCAGCGCCAGAUUUCUGCUGGGGAUGGAGGGACAGCGCCUUCUUCAGGGCCUAGAGGCUCAGUUCCAGUGUAUCUUCGGGACAGAGCAUCUGGCCAGUGCCACCGUGGACACAAACCCUGAAGAGGUGGAUCCCACUGAGGUCCUUCAGGUCCUCCCAGCACACAGUCAUACUCUGUGGUCCCCAGAGACUACAGGCAGUGACCAGGAGAAUAUGAACAUGGAGGAAGUACGAGAGAUGCUUGCCACCCUGGAGAGGCUAGAUUCAGAAAACUGGCAGCCCCUGGAGCUUCAGGAGAAAAAGCCAGAAGAACAGCCAGAGGAUGCAGGGCAGGAGGAGGAAGCACCCAUAUCUGGAGCUGGGAAGGAGCCUGUGGAACCUAACAUUGGGACACCUGAGCCUGAGCAGCUGAAGGAGGAGGCUGCACUGCAGCUGGCCCUCUACCACUCUCUGGAGUCUCAGGACCAGCUGGCUGAGCAGAAGGAAGCUGCCACACUAAGGCUAGCCCUGGCCCUCUCCCUGUUGGAGGCAGAAGAGCCUCUGGGUGGCAGUACUGGUAGUGGGGCCCGACUGGUGGUACACGUGCCCUUUGAGCAGGAUGUGGAGGAGUUGGACCGGGCACUAACAGCUGCCUUGGAGGAACACCUCCAGGAGGAGACAGUGAGACUCCAGGGCCAGGUGCUGCCCGCAGAACUGUGUGCUCCUAUGGAACGGUACCAUGGUGUGAGUGUCGUCCCACGUGGUGACAGCAUCCUCCUCCGAGGCUUUGGGGCCCAGCCUGCUCGUGCAGCCCGCCACUUAGCUGCACUUCUUCCUGGCCCUUGGGAUUCGAGUCUGGCCUCCCCCUUUGGGGGUUCAGACACCAACUUGCCAGAGUGGAGGCUGAAAGAGCCCUUGGGCAGACUAGAGAAACUGGCAGAGAGUACCACGGAGUUCCAGGAGGUGGUACAGGCCUUCUACGACUCCCUGGAUGCUGCCCACAGCAAAAUCUGCAUUAUCCAGGUACAGCGAGUGUCGAACCCGCUGAUGGAGCAACAGUACCAGCUGCACCGGGAUCGUCUGGUGCCGCGCUGCACACAGCACCCUGCAGAGCAGGUCCUGUACCACGGCACGUCGGCAUCCGCAGUGCCUGAGAUCUGUGAGCACGGCUUCAACCGCAGCUUCUGUGGCCGAAACGGCACACUCUACGGGAAGGGCGUGUACUUUGCCAAGCGUGCCUCUCUGUCUGUGCACGACCGAUAUUCGCCCCCCAAUGACAAUGGCCACAAGGCCAUAUUCGUGGCACGAGUGCUGACAGGCGACUACGGGCAAGGACGCCGGGGUCUGCGAGCGCCCCCUCUGCGGGCCGGUCACACCCUCCUGCGCUACGACAGCGCUGUGAACUGCCUCCACCAGCCCAGUAUCUUUGUCAUUUUCCACGACACCCAGGCUCUGCCCACCCACCUCAUUACUUGCAGGCGCUUGCCCCACGGUUCCCGGGAGACCUCUCUUGGACUUUUAGGCCCCUCUCCGGCAGCCACCUGACUGGAGGAUGGCCUGCUCCUCAGAUUCCCGUUCUCCACAGCACCCUCGGCGUUAGGUAGCAGGAGCCAAGUGGACCCAGAGCGCCGGACCCACCACCAGGGGUCAGCAGAGCCCAGCGGGAGGGCGCGCUGGCCGGGCACGCCCGUCUUGGCCCUACCUCGCCCGAGCGCGGCUCAGUCUUUGAAUAAAACCUGUGUGUUC